CCAAAAUUACUGCCUCCGAUGGGCGUGUAUUUCUUGGAACUUUUAUGUGCAUAGAUAAAUAUAAAAAUAUCAUUUUGUCACAAACUGAAGAAUUUCGUUCUGAUGAAAAAAGAUUCGUUGGCCUAGUUAUGAUCCCCGGAAAGCAUCUCGUUAAAGCCGAGAUUGAAGAUUUGGACCUUUCACCUCACUAUACUUGA